CCUAUCUUGUCCGUUUCCCCAGUGAUCCCUGGUUCCCCUGGGCUGGAGAGAUGCAAUCUCACGGGCCGUGUCGCACGGGACAGUUGCCGCUUCCUCCCGGACGCUUGCUGCCCUGUUGUGUAGAGGGGUGUCUGCACCUCCUGGUGUACAGAGAAGCUGGUCCGGUCGGCACCUGGUGCCAGCCUGGAACCUCUGCAUGGAAAACGGGGAAAAUAAAUGUCUCUACUCUGUGCUUGCUUUGCCCAAAUGCACCCACUUUACCCAGUCUUUCCCAGCAUGGUAUAUGUGCAGGCUGCGAUGUGCCCCGUGAGGCAGAAGUGGCUUCAACUCCCAUUGUAUGGGUGCAAGUGAGGGUCAGGGAGACUGAUGCCAAGAUCCUCAAUGAAACCAAGGUGAUGCUGCUUGGAGAUUCAGGCGUGGGGAAAACCUGCUUCCUGGUGCAGUUCAAGGACGGGGCCUUCCUCUCUGGGACAUUCAUAGCUACCGUCGGCAUAGACUUCCGGAACAAAGUGGUGACAGUAGACGACGUGAAGGUGAAAUUGCAGAUCUGGGACACCGCAGGGCAGGAGCGAUUCCGUAGCGUGACCCACGCCUACUACAGAGAUGCUCAGGCCUUGCUCCUCCUGUAUGACAUCACCAGCAAAAUGUCCUUUGACAAUAUUCGAGCCUGGCUCUCAGAGAUACAUGAAUAUGCCCAAAAGGAUGUGGUCAUUAUGUUGUUAGGCAAUAAGGCAGAUGUGAGCAGCGAGAGAGUUGUCAGGACAGAGGAUGGAGAGACGCUAGCCAGGGAGUAUGGAGUGCCUUUCAUGGAGACCAGUGCCAAGACCGGCAUGAACGUGGAGCUGGCCUUUCUGGCCAUUGCCAAAGAGCUCAAGGAGCGAGCAGUGCAGCAGCUGGAUGAGCCCAGGUUCCAGAUUCAUGACUACAUAGAGUCGCAAAAGAAGAAGUCCAGCUGCUGUGCCUUCAUAUGAGAGAGAGGAGGCUGCCGGGACAGGAUACAGGUG